AUGAAGGGAAGGUGAUAUCUCGCACUGCUCUUUACCAAGCCAUGACCUUCCUUCUGACCUAUUUGUCUUACGCAGGAUUACAUGUGACUAGAGAAGGAUGGUCGAUUCUUAAAUAAGGACAUCGAAUCUGCCAAGUCUCCAGGUCUCAACUGGGAAGGCACCCAGUACAUGGGAUACCUUGACUUCUGCUUCCUCAUAGCGUACUCUGUAGGACUCUUUAUUAGUGGAAAUCUGGGUGAUAGAUAUCCUGUGCGGGUUAUUGUCCCAACCGGCUUCUUUAUCAUAAGUAUUAUGACAUUCAUGUUCGCCAUGGGCGGAAGCUGGGGAAUCUCCAGCUACUGGUACUACAUGGCAUUCUUUACUAUGUCAGGCUUCUUCCAAAGUAUUGGAUGGCCGGCUUUUGUCCCUGUGAUGGCCAACUGGUUCUCGAAGAAAUACAGAGGUCUUGUUUUAGGCAUUUGGUGCACAUGCCAAAAUUUCGGGAAUAUUGGAGGAGCACUUCUGGUAAAUAUACUUAGAGGAUAUUUUGGCAUGAACUGGAUCCUCUGUUUUAAGGUCAUAGCAGUAAUCAUACUUAUACUUGGCUUUUUGAACCUCUUCUUUCUCAUUGGUGAGCCUUCAAAUGUUGGAAUUGAUAUCGAUACUACUGAAGAACUAAAUAGUUCAAAUCAUAAUAUUGAUGUCAAAAAUAAUAUUGACGAAGAAGAACGGAUCUCUCUUGAUAAAAAUAGUGAAGCUGAUCCUCAAGAAGAUGUCAAAGCAGAUCAGCAUCUCCAACCUAUUGAUAAGAUAGAUAGCUCCUCUCGAAAGAUGUCUGAGAAAGUUCAAGAACCUAAAGUAGGGCAAAGAGCUAUUUCAUUUUGGAAGGCGUGGACAAUUCCAAAAGUAAUCCCAUAUGCUAUCUGCCUCGCCCUGGUGAAACUAUCUACCUAUGGGAUCUUAUUAUGGCUCCCUGUUUAUGCAGAUGAAGCAUUACAUUACAACAAUGCUGCUAUUGGAUAUUUAGCAGUCACAUAUGAUAUUGGAACAAUAGUUGGAAGCGUUGUCUUAGGAAAAAUUAGUGAUAUCGUUUAUCACAAAAGGUCUCCCGUAGCAUUCUUUGGUUGCUUAUCAGGGGCUAUCUUCUUUAUACUUGUGAUCUUAACUCCAGGUUACAUCAAUAUCAUAAUAUUCUUUGUCGGCUUCUUCGUAGGAGGGGUUUUCAAUGUGGUAGCAGCAACAGCUGCUACUGAUAUAGCUAAGAGUAAUGCAAUGGAUCCUAAAGAUAAAGCCUUAUCAACAAUUAGUGGAAUUAAUGAUGGAUGAGGCAGCAUUGGCUCAGCCUUUGGAUCCCUUAUUAUUUCCUCAAUCAGAGGAUUGUCCUGGAACGGAGUAUUUAUUUUCUUGGCUUCCUGUGUCUUAAUUGCUUCUUUACCAAUCUUAAGAGUUGUAAUUAAUGAAGUUAAGGAGAUUAUUCAGAUUCGAAAAGAAAAGAAGGAAGUAAAAUAA